AUGCACAUCAAGGAUCUCCUUGCCGAGACCAAAAGGUCGGGGAAACCCUCCUUUUCCUUCGAAUACUUCCCGCCCAAAACCUCUCAGGGUGUUCAGAACCUCUACGACCGCAUGGACCGCAUGUACAACUUCGGCCCUCAGUUUAUCGAUAUUACUUGGGGUGCUGGUGGUCGCGUUGCCGAACUUACUUGCGAAAUGGUCCUCCAGGCCCAGGCGGUCUACGGUCUCGAGACCUGCAUGCACUUGACUUGCACUGACAUGGGCAUGGACAAGGUCAACGAGGCUCUUCGCAUGGCCUACAAGGCUGGCUGUACCAAUAUUCUUGCUCUCCGCGGUGACCCCCCUCGUGCCCAAGAGAAGUGGACCGCCACCGAAGACGGCUUUCAGUAUGCCUGCGAUCUUGUUCGACACAUCCGUGCCACUUAUGGCGACCACUUUGACAUUGGCGUUGCUGGCUACCCCGAAGGCUGCGACGACAACGACAACGAGGAUGAGCUGAUUGAGCACCUCAAGUACAAAGUCGAUCUUGGUGGUACCUUCAUUGUCACUCAAAUGUUCUACGACGUCGAAAAUUUCAUUCGCUGGGUUGCCAAGGUUCGCGCUGCCGGCAUCAAUGUCCCCAUUCUGCCAGGUAUCAUGCCCAUUGCCACCUACGCUAGCUUCUUCCGCCGGUGCAAGCACACCGGCUGCAACAUUCCUCAGAAUUGGCUAGACCUGCUGGAACCUGUCAAGAAUGACGAUGUUGCUGUCCGGGAGAUUGGCAAGAAGCUUGUCGUCGACAUGUGCCGCCAGCUCAUGGCUGCUGGCAUCCAUCACAUGCACUUUUACACCAUGAACCUUGCCCAAGCUACUCGCAUGGUACUCGAGGAACUCAGUUGGACCCCCUCGGCUGAACGGCCGCUGCAGCAGGCCCUUCCUUGGAAACCUUCCAAGGGCUUUGGCCGUCGUGAUGAGGACGUUCGUCCCAUCUUCUGGCGCAACCGUAACAAGUCCUACGUUCUCCGCACCCAAGAUUGGGACGAGUUCCCCAAUGGCCGCUGGGGUGACUCUCGCUCUCCUGCUUUUGGUGAGCUCGAUGCUUACGGCAUCGGUCUUACCGGCACAAACGAGGCCAAUCGUCUGAAGUGGGGCGAACCCAAGUCGCUUCGUGAUAUCGCCAACACCUUUGUGAACUAUCUGAACCAGGAUAUUGACUCUCUGCCCUGGAGUGAGGCGCCUCUUACCAGCGAAGCUGACUCUAUCAAGCCUGCCCUGAUUGAGCUCAACCAGCGUGGUUUCUUGACUAUCAAUUCCCAGCCCGCUGUUGACGGUGUCAAGUCGUCUCACCCUGUUCACGGUUGGGGACCUGCCAACGGUUACGUCUACCAGAAGGGAUACAUCGAGUUGCUAGUCUCUCCCGAGAUUGUCGACCAAGUCAUCCCUCUUGUCAACGGCAAUCCUUCCCUCACCUACUAUGCCGUGACCAAGGAUGGCAAUCUGAAGACCAAUGCUCCCUCUGAUGGCCCCAACGCUGUCACCUGGGGUGUAUUCCCCGGAAAGGAGAUUGUUCAGCCCACCAUCGUCGAGAGCAUUAGCUUCCUCGCCUGGCGUGAUGAGGCUUUCCGCUUGGGUGUCGACUGGGCCCAUUGCUUCGACGCCAAGUCGGCCAGCCGUAUUCUUGUUGAGAAUGUCAUGGACAACUGGUACCUUCUCAAUAUUGUGAAUAACGAUUUUCACGACAACAGCGCCCUCUUCGAGCUAUUCAAGGAUCUCAAGGUCGAUGGCCUUGAUACCCUUGUUACUGUUGAGGUGGAGAAGCCCGCCACGGUGCAGACUGGGGCUGCCGCAUAG